UUGUGCCAAUAUCACAAGCUGCAGCAACACAAAGAGCUGGUCGUGCAGGAAGAACUGCACCAGGAAAAGCAUUUAGAUUAUAUAGUAGAGAGUCAUUUGAACAAUUGGAAGUUGAUACAGUGCCGGAAAUUCAAAGGAGUAGUUUACUUGGCACAGUGUUAAGUUUAAAGAAAAUGGGAAUCAAAGAUAUUCUUCAUUUUGAAUUUAUUGAUCCUCCUGAUCCAAUGCUUGUUAAGAACGCCUUAAAACAACUCUUUUUAUUAGAGGCAAUUGAUGAAAAAGGAAUGUUAACAUCAUUAGGAGAUGAAAUGUGUAUAUUUCCUUUAAAUCCAUUUUUAUCAAGGGUUUUAAUAGCAAGUGCGAGACAUUUUGAUUGUAGUAGGGAAGUUUCAACGAUUGUAGCAAUGUUAUCAGUUGAAGAAAUAUUUAUCACACCGAGAGAUGAAGAAAGGUUAUUUGAGGCGGAUGAAAGAAGAAAAGUAUUUUAUCAUCCUUCAGGAGAUUAUAUGACAUUACUCCAAGUUUUUGAAGGAUAUCGAGAUAGUGGAUAUAAUCGAGAAUGGUGUAGAGAUAAAUAUUUUAAUCAUAGAGCUUUAUCUAUGGCAAAAAAUGUUCGGGAUCAACUACGUGAAUUAAUGGAAAGACAUAGGAUUCCAAUUAUUUCAUGUAGACAAAAGGAUAAUCAAGAUGAUGGUCAUAGAAAAAAACGUAGUAAACAAACUUAUUAUGAAACAAAAAAAUACGAUUGUACAAAAAUUCUUGAAGCAUUUUCUACAUCAUAUUUUAUUCAUUUAGCAAAAAAGCAUCCACAUAGAUCUGUAUUUUAUCAUUAUGCUUCAGCUAAUAUAUAUACUAGUGAAAUUAUAAAUUCUAAUAGUUCUUUAUUGGCUUUACAUAUUUCACCUUUAUCAGCUUUACAUCCCGAAAACAAAGUUAUUAAAGUUGAUAGCUUGGAUUGGGUAAUAUAUCAUUCAAUUUUAUAUACUAGUAAAGCUUUGAUGAAAGUCGUUAAUAAAGUUAAAUUAGAAUGGAUAGAAGAAAAGUUGAAAUUAUUUAAGAAAUUGGAAACUGUGAAUUUGGGUGUGGACGAUAAUAAAAAUGAUGAUAAAGAUAAACAAGAGAAAGGAGUCGAUGAUGAAGGGUCAAAUAAUAUUGAACAAGAAAGCAAUUAUAUAGACGAAGAAGAAAUGAAAAGAAAGAAAUUAGAAGAUAUUGAAGCCGCAAGGCAAAGAGCAUUAAGCAGAAGAUCAUUAAAUCCGGAUAAUUAA